AUGCUGCUUGAGAAGUGUUUAAACGAAAUUCAGCGCAGCUUCACACACUCUUGUGUUCGCAUGGAAAGCCGGCUUGAGCGCGUCCCAGCCAAUCACUGCUCUGAACAUUCGCGCCCUCUGUCUGUUGUGUCUCCACAAUCCUCACCUCAGCCGUUGCUAGUCGUCUCCUCUGCCGCUGGAGGGCUGUCCGCUCUGGUGCCUCAUGGACCAGCUCCUCCAGGGCUCCCAAUUACUGGAAGACCAUUAUCCAGUGGCUCGCAGGAGCCAUAUUUUGGUUCAGCACAAAUCACAGGGAUGAGGUCCUCCCUUAACAAUGGUACUUCUGCUGUCACAGCUCCCGGAAUCGAAAUCAAUGAAGUUGUCGAUGCUGCUGGCCUACCCCAUCGCAUGAAUGUGGCCGCUAGUAUCCAGCCCAUUUCGUCUAUGUCAGGCGUUUUGGAGUUGAGACCACUUCCGUCCUCCAUUAGCAAUCCCGCUUCCCAGAAUACCUCUUCUGAGGCGACGCGGGCAACUACUGUCAAUGUCCCUGGCCCUGUGGGGGUCUGCGAAAAGUGCGUGGAACAAUUCAAGGUCCAUAUUAAUGAGCUGUGCAAGCGCGCAAUGCACAAAGUACCCGUCGUUCUUUACAAGCAGCAGUAG